AUGUCCUCUUCCAAGCCUGCUCUCACCAGCGCGACACCACCACCACCAGACUUUCAGCCACGGAUACCGGAGAGGUACAUCGAGGUACCGGACCAGCGGAGAUACAUCUUGAGCCUAGGCGUAGCAUGCCAGGCCAUCAAAAUCUUUGACCUCAUAAGGUAUUGGUUUCUAUCAAGUGAUGGUCCUCAAUCCUAUGCAAGAAAGUGGAUGUUUGUGGACUUCCUUUUCUGCGUCACCCUCUCCUGGCUACGAAUACCUCGUCUGAGGUAUGGCGCGGCCGUGGUCGCGCUCCAAAUCAUCUCGCUCUGGAUCUUCAACGGGGUCGCAUUUGGUGGCCUCUCCGUGAAUGUGGGUGGUGGUCCGUGGGCUGGCGCAGCUCGGUCUUCAGGAGGAUCCGCUAUUUGGGACUACCUCCCGGGUUUCGGGUCAACGGGCGGAAAGGAUGCGCACCUACUUGGUCAGCAUACGGUCCGAAUGUCUCCCAUCAGCACCGCCCAACUCAACCCCUACUCGGAGACUUUCUGCCUUCCUUCGACGACCUCGCACGUCCUCAUACCUGUGCUAUUGAACAACACCAGCCCAGCAAGCGUCCGGUACACGCUGACGCCGCUUGCGUAUUCGGCAAGUUCGAAGAGCUCAGGCAAGAUCGAGUAUUUCGACCUCUCUUCGAAGGACCUCCGAGCGAUCGAACAGAGUCGCGUGGACCACUUGCAGCUCGUCCGCGCAGCCGCCAAGAAGGAAGUGGAAGAGUUUGACGAGUAUGACGACGAGGAUGAAGACGACGCGACACGCUCGGCGCAUGGGUCGCUUCAGAAGACUCAGCACCUCACAUACAUCCGACUAAACAAGGCCGGAACACUGCGCCUCGACCGGGUCGUCGACCAGUCCAACGUGGAUGCUCGUUUGGUUUUCCCCAACGAGAUCACCGUCGUGCCAUGUCCAAGCGUGGCGUUUACUCUUACCAGCGAGACACUCGUCAAGGACAUCCGUUGUGCGACCCCUGGGCUCGUGGGAGGCGCAGGAGAGGAGCUGCAGCUAGAGAUCGACAUCACCGGUGUUCCUCCUCUCAGCUUGCGCUGGCACCGCGACGUCGAUUACAGGCGGGAACCUUUCAUGGUCGAAGGCAUCGAAGGUCCGGAGCACGAAGAGGUCUCACAAGGCGAACGACGUAUGGCCGGGGACGGCCACCGCGCGCCCGUGCAAGUGCGCGUGCCGCUGACCGUGGUUCUCGACUCUCUUGGCGAGCACUCGUACGUACUCGAAUCCAUCACCGAUGGGCUAGGCAACCUUGCGCACGCCGGCUUCCCUGCUCCAAUGCGCGCCGGCGUGUCUGCGCGCCAAGUACCGGAGGAGCAGAUGCACACAUUGGCUACGACCCGCUCCGUCUCAGUGCUCCGCCGCCCCUCCGUCUCGUUCAAGUCGUGCGGCCCUGGCAAGCCCGCCUCCUUGCUCAUUGGCUCCGAGGCUCAAAUCCCCGUCUCGGUCGUCAAUGCGGACUCUGAAGACGAGCCUUGGGAAGUCGCGGUCCGCUACGACCCGCCGCUGGGUGAUGAUGGGAAACCGAGCAAGCGGUACAAGGCCUGGACGAAGGCACUGAAGACGCAGGAGAACAAGCGCGACCUCACGCUCCGUGCCACCGCGCCGGGCGAGUACACGAUCACUGGCGUCAAGGGACAACACUGCGAAGGCGAUGUCCUCAGCCCCGACACCUGCAGGGUUGUGGAGCGACCUCAGCCCUCCGCGGAGAUUGAAUGGAAGAAGAUCCAUGAGUGUUCUGGCGACAUCGGUGUCGCUGCCUCUCUCAUCCUUCAUGGGACACCGCCGUUCCAGGUCUACUACCAAUCACAGCGAGACUCUGAAGCGCCAAGGGACUCCGCGAAGACGUUCCCGACCUCUCGCGGGGAGCUCACUGUGCAACCGGAUCGCAGCGGACACUACACGUUCAAGAUUUACCAGAUCAGCGACGCGAACUACAAGCGGAUUGACCUGAAGGGCUCUUCGAUCGAGCUCGACGUGCACCCGCCUCCGUCUGCGGACUUCUCUGGUACGCCUCAUGGUAAUCGCGGCAAGAAGAGCAUCAGCAGCUGCUCGGGAAGCAAUGUCGAUGUGGACGUCGAUCUACGGGGGACACCACCAUGGAACAUCGAGGUUCAGAUCGUUGGUCCCAAGGGCUCGGAGACGAUGACCUUCCGUGAUAUCACGACCGCCAAGCAGAAGCUAUCUGUGCCCAUCCCCAAGGCCAUCGACAGAGACGGUGGUUCGUUCGAGGUGGAAUUGCUCAGCGUUGAGGACGCGUACAAAUGCAAGCGUUCCUUGUCGGUUCCCGGCAUUGCAGUCAACGUUCGCCGCGUGCUGCCUACGGUCAAGUUUUACGGCAAGCCCACCAUGCUUCCUCUCCGUCUAACAGGCGAAGCGCCUUGGCAAGUCAGGUAUCGUGAACAACGGCCUCAUCAGGAAAUUACCUUUUCGCUGAACACGCUUCAGGUUUCCGAUUCCCAAUGUCCAGGCACGGUGGUUCAGGGCGACGAGACUUAUGUUGUGGAUCACGUACCGCGUCCCUCUGCGAAGUUGUCGUCGGAUGUUGAGGCUGCAUAUGAGAGCUUCAACGGCGUGAGCGAUCACGUCGACCUUGAUCUGACUGGUCGUCCGCCUUUCCAGAUCAUGUACAACAUCGCCGAAGAUAACGGGUUCAGUGCCACCAAGCUCCUCGACCAGCCCACCUUCAGCAGCAUUCAGCCACGCACGCGCUUCCAGCUUCGUACCUCCGAACCCUCUCGCAUCUAUUACGAAGUCAAGCAGAUCGGCGACGCAGCCUACCCACUCGCGAAGAACCGCGACGCCAUUAUUCCGCGUUCCGGGCGCCUCCUCUUCGAGCAGCAAGUCCUCAUGCGUCCUUCGGCCCGAUUCAAGUCCAACAACCGCCUGACCUUCUGUCUCAACGACGCACUGUCCGCCACAGAUGCUCCCAACGGCGACGGCGUGGUUGUUCUUGAAGGCACCCCGCCCUUCCAACUCACGAUCUCCAUCCGCAACCUGGCUGCGUCGAAUUACAGCUUCAACUCCGUCGGCCCACACCAGAUAACGCUGGACUCGGUCCGCGACGCACCCCGCACCCGCGCGGUCUGGGCGGACGUGGCAGAGACGGCGGCGAUCGUGCCAUUCAGCAGGCGGGAGGACUACUGCGUCGGAGACUCGAUCCCGUUCCAGCUCGAGGGCACGCCGCCGUGGUCGGUCGGGCUCCGGGUGAACGGGCGGGUGCAGACGGCGGACGCGCCGCGCUCGCCGUGGUCGGCGGCGCUCACCACCCCAGGCGAGUUCGCGGUGACGAGCGUCGCGCACCGGACGAAGCGGUGCCGGACGGCGGUCGCGGACCUGCGGUACCAGGUGCACGCGCUCCCUGCGGCGCAGGUCGGGCACGGGAAGCGGAUCGUGCAGGACAUCCACGAGGGCGACCAGGCGGAGAUCCUGUUCACGCUCGUCGGCGAGCCGCCGUUCACGUUCACGUACCAGCGCGCGGAGCUGACGCCGCGCAAGGGGGCGCAGGGCAAGGUGCUGGAGACGCACACGGUCUCGGGCGUGACGACGAAGGAGUACUCGAUCUUCUCGGCCAUGGAAGGAACAUGGACGAUCACGUCCAUUUCGGACAGGUACUGCCGGUACCCUCCGGUGCAGCAGGAAGACGCGGACAAGGUGCGGUGA